AUGCGCACUCGGGAAAGUUAUAAAAAUGGACGCAAAAGAACGUGGAAUGCAAUGGAGACAAAAAGGUUUCUUUCUUUUUCAUUGAACUCUCUUUUUCUUUACAUCUUUUUCUUUCUCAUUAAAAAUUCUUCUUUCUUCUUCACUGAAGUCUUUCUUUCUUCCCAAUUGAAGUGUCAUUCUUUCUUUACCAUUGAGUGCUUUCAUUUUUUCAUUCUUUCUUCCUUUCACUAUUUCUUGCUUUUACACUUUCUGUUUUUCACUCUUUCUUUCUUUCUUUCUUUUUCUUUCUUUCUUUCUUUCUGUUUUUACUUUUUCUUUCUUUCAUUCUUUCUUUCUGUUUCUCACUCUUUCUUUUUUUUUCUUUCUUUCUGUUUUGCCAUCUUUCUUUCACUUUUUCUUCUUUUAUUUUCUUUCUUUCUUUUUUGUUUUCUUUCUCUCUUUCUUUAUUUCUUUUACAUUCCAUUGUUUUGUUUACGUUCUCUUUCAGCAUUGCAUCUGUAA